AUGUCUCGAACCCUCGUUAUUACCUCUGCACCUUGUUCUAAUGGUACCAAUCCCAAGGAGCCUAACAAAAAGACAUCUAAUGCUGAUUCCAAGAGGCUCGAAAAGAAACUUGGUUCAUGUUCUUUGCCAAAUACCUUUAAAAUGUACAAGAUUACUCCCCUUCCUAUACUAAACAAGAAGCUUCCGGAUAAGUCUUCUCCAAAUAUUCGCCGAUGUACAGAGUGCUCAUACAAGACUGUUUCGAAAUUCAACCUUUUACGACAUAGUCAAACACACUCAGAGACUCCAACGAAAUUUGAUUGCCAUCAAUGCAAUAAAACAUAUUCUAGCAAAUACAAUAUGCAAAGACAUUACAAUACUACCCAUUCAAACUAA